AUGUUUCUUCUCCGCCGCUCUGCCGUCCGCGCCAUCAGCGCGACUCCCUCCAAGGCCUUCCUCGCAACCCCCCGUUCCAUCACCACCCUCACACCUGCCUUCCGCCUACAGUCGCAGAAGUGGGCCGUCUCUGCGUUCCAGAGGAGAUUCGCCAGCGACGAUGUCGUGAAGAAGGAGGAGGUGGCGGCGCCCGAGGACUUUGCGCAGACCAUCGCCGAGCCCAUCACCGAGGAUGGCCUGACACCGGUGCAGAAGGACGCCCAGGCCGAGCCCACCAACGCUGCCGAGACUGUCGAUGCGGACGCGCUCAACGCUGUCGCCGAGGCCGCAGAGAAGCCCGCAGGCAGGCCCAAGAGGACCGCUGGCGGAGAUGCGCCGCCCAACAACGUCCUCUACGUCGGCAACCUGUACUAUGAAGUCACCGCCGACCAGAUCAAGCGCGUCUUCUCGCGAUUCGGCGAGAUCGAGAACGUCAAGAUCAUCUACGACAACCGGGGCCUGAGCCGAGGAUUCGCUUACGUCGAGUUCAAGAACAUCGCCGACGCCCAGACCGCCAUCGACAACCUCGACAUGCAGGUCUUCGAGGGCCGCAACCUCGUCUGCCAGUUCCACAAGGCCAGAAACAGCUCCAUGACGCGCAGCCCCACCGGCCGCCAGGAGGAGAACCCUCCCGCCAAGACGCUCUUCAUCGGCAACAUGUCGUUUGAGAUGUCCGACAAGGACCUGAACGACCUGUUCCGCGACAUUCGCAACGUCAUGGACGUCCGCGUCGCCAUCGACCGCAGGACCGGCCAGCCCAGAGGCUUCGCCCAUGCUGACUUUGUCGACGUUGCCAGCGCCACCAAGGCCCGCGAGCUUCUGAGGGAGAAGGUCAUCUACGGCAGGCAGCUCCGCGUCGACUUCAGCAAGUCCAGCAACGAGCGCGCCUCGAGGCCCAAGAGGAACGACUCUGCCCAGGACGGACAGGAGGGACAGUAG